GGCAAAGGACCGCCACCAUCAAAUGACACUGCUGUUUCUUUGUUUCUUCUUUUGCUACAGAAGUACUCUGCAUUGAGCAAGCACGAGGCGAGAAUAUAUUCUUUCCCCACCGUCGCGAAAACCUAGAUAGAGAGCGAUCUACCUUGUUUUUGAUUCAACCUAUCGUAAGCUGCUCUGUGCGCCAUCGGCGGUCGCACAAUCUUGUUGUGUGUUCUCUCCUUUUCCUUUCCUCUCGCCGUUGCCGCUUUUUUUAUUGUUUGUGUAUCUCAGCUUCUAUUACUUUUCCCGUCUCUUUAUCUCACACUUUAUUUCCCACAUCCGUGUUAUCCGGAGCACCGGUGCGGCUCCUCGCCGUAUCUUUCUGUGGUGUUGGUUUUUAGCAUGUGGCUGCUGCUCCUGAUCUGACUCGUUCUCUUCGCCUCUUUUCCUUUUGCGACGUCAUGUCCGCUGUCCUCUUCCCCCGCCAGGCGUACUACGAGCGCAUCGGGGCAGCCAAGGCGUUGCUGCCGCUGCUGGCUCCGCAAGGGACACAAGUGCAGGUGGGCAGCCCCAGCGUGAACAUGCAGUUUCUUCAACAGCUCAUCCUCGCCCACACGAGCGCCAUCCCGUUUGAGACGAUCGACGUGCUGCUUGGCCGCCGCGUCUCGGUCGCCCCCGUUGACAUCUACGACAAGCUCAUCCACGCCAGGCGAGGCGGUUACUGCUUUGAGCAGAACGGUCUCUUCUACGAGGCCCUGCGCGACGCCGGCUUCACGGACGUGCGCCCGGUCGCCGCGCGGGUGCUGUGGGAUGGGGAGAACUCCCCGCUUGGGCGGACGCAUCGCCUCAACAUCGUCACCCUUCCCGCUGAGGACGACGCGACGGGGAGCGGGACGCGGCAGUGGAUGGUGGACGUCGGCUUUGGGGCUGGGGUGCCGCGGGCGCCGCUGCGAUUGGACACGGCGGAGCCGCAGCAGACGAUCGCCGGCGUCAUGCGAGUCCGCACGCGCAACCCAGUCCCUGAGCUCACCGGUGGCUGGAGCGAGAACGUGGUGGAGCUGCAGGUGGAGGGAGGCGGGUGGCGGCCCUUAUACCACUUUGAUCUCCAGCCGCAGUGGCUGCGCGACAUCUACAUGAUGAACUUCGUCGUGUAUCAAGAGUCGCUCUUUCGCGGAUGCGUGCAGGCCGCCCGGGCGGAGGGGACGUGGGUGCGGACGCCGACCCCGGCCGAGAAGGACAGCGCACACGCCGUGGUAUCGGCGACGGGCUACACCUUCGUCCCUCGCGGCGUGUACUCGGUGGUAGCGCGCAGCGAUAAGUGCACCACCGCCGCCAAACCAGCCUUUUUGGUGCCAGACGCAGCGCUCGCCCUGUUGCCGGGGGUGGGCGGCGUGUUGCCGAGUGCGCAGUCGCACCCCGCCACACCCGGCGAGCUCUAUGACUGGAUGAAGGAGAAGCUGCAGAUCGACUUCCAGCAGACGCGGCUGCCGCAGUAUAGCGUGUCGCGGGACGAGUUCGAGCGGGCGGCGCGGGACCGGUUGGAGGUGUUUGGCGGGAGCGGCUUUCAGUCCCCGCACAACUUCUGA